UUGUGACGUAGGACAAUGCCUGCCACGCGUCGGAACUCGUCUGCGGGGCGGCCCCCCGGCGCGAGUGACACGUGCAAGGGCAGCGGUGGUCAGCUGGGGCCCACUCCAGGAAUCAUGCAUUUCUUAUUCAGAUUGAUCGUUUUCUUUUACGUAUGGGGCAUUUUUACUGCUCAGGGACAAAAGAAAGAGGAGAGCACAGAGGAAGUGAAAAUAGAAGUUUUGCAUCGUCCAGAAAACUGUUCUAAGACAAGCAAGAAGGGAGACCUGCUAAAUGCCCAUUACGACGGAUUCUUGGCUAAAGACGGCUCGAAAUUCUACUGCAGCCGGUCACAAAAUGAAGGCCAUCCCAAAUGGUUUGUUCUUGGUGUUGGGCAAGUCAUAAAAGGCCUAGACAUUGCUAUGAUGGAUAUGUGCCCUGGAGAGAAGCGAAAAGUGAUUAUACCCCCUUCAUUUGCAUAUGGAAAAGAAGGCUAUGUGGAAGGCAAGAUUCCACCUGAUGCAACAUUGAUUUUUGAGAUUGAACUUUAUGCUGUGACCAAAGGACCACGAAGUGUUGAAACAUUUAAGCAGAUAGACAUGGACAAUGACAGGCAACUCUCUAAAGACGAGGGCAUUUCCAGGAUCUAGACUACAGGAGCAGAUCUCUUUCAAGCAGCACUGUAGGAAUUUGUCACAGGGCAAAUAAUUGCCACCUCAUAGGAUUGUGAGUAUUACAUGAGAUUAUGAAAAGAGGUAACAAGAAUUUGAAUUGUGUGGGCUAGAAAGUUGGUCAAGAGGAGCGGGGAGUUCAGCUACCUAGCUUCUGCAUCCCAGUUAGUCUUAUAUUUGAAUUGAGGAAUUAAUAAAGAUCUCAGAAUAAUAAUAAUAGAUAACAUUUUUUUCACACUUUCUCAAUACAAGGUACAAUUAUAAACUCAUUAGUGUGUGAACUCAUUAAUCUCUGUGACAAUUUAUGAGGUAGGUACUAUUGUCAUCGUCUCCAUUUUAUAGAAGAGGGAAAUGACACCCAGACAGGUUAAGUAAUUAGCAUAAGGUCACACAGCUCUAAGUAGUAAAACCAGAUUGCAACCCUGGCAAUGUGGCUCCACUACGGUGCUCUUAACCAUGAGUCUACCCUGCCUCUUUCAGGGAAUUUCCAUCAUGAAUGUUUCAGGGUUAAUGUUUGGUUCAUUGAAGUCUGGUGCCUUGCUUAGUCCCACUGACUAUACUCUUUUUGCUUAGGCUGGGUAACCCAGUUGUCUCCCUUCUUAUUUGAAGGCAGUUUAACAUUCAUAACUCUACCACCUAAGUAAAUAAUAAAAGGCAACUGGGUCGUUGAUUUCAAGUGAUAAGAGUAAGCCCCUUUUCUCUGUUUCUUUUUCUCUGUCUCUAAUCCUUCCCCCACCCUAAUUCCACUCCCUCCUCCAAAAUAUUAAUAAGGACUUUCCCCUGAAGCUCUUUGGUUAGUCAGUGAUGGAAGCAGGAUAAGGGAAUGGAAGCGUCCCUUGUUCCUUAAGAAGAGCAGCAAUUAGAGGGGUGGCAGACUGUUCCCAGUAUGUACUUUCU